AUGUGGUGCUACCGGAGAAUCCUUAAGAUUUCUUGGACCAAACACACAAGCAACGAAGGGGUUCCUGGACAGCUAAACAAAGAUCGGGAACUCUUAUCCACCAUCAAGGCCAAAAAGUUUGCCUUGUGCCUGCUUGUCAUUUUUAUUAUUGAACUGGCAGUAGGAAUAGCAGCAGCAGUGUACAAGAAUGAUUUCCAUAAAGGCAUUAAACAGCUGAUGCGGGAGUCAAUGAAUAAGUACGAAACCAACGAAGCCGACCGAAUGGCUUGGGACAAUCUGCAGACAAAGCUAAAGUGUUGCGGAGUCGAUAAAAAUAAUGAUUGGAUUUUGCUGCUUGGAAAACGACCCCUAUCCUGUUGCCAUGCAACUAGAGAUGGUUCUCAGCCUCCAGAAGCCAUUCAUUGUAAUAGCGCAAAAACCGGAGACGAGAUACUAUACUCCGAUGGAUGUUUCGAUAUGAUCGAAUACAAAGCCGAAGAAGCGUCCAAGGUGCUUAUCGGAGUUGGAAUAGGAAUCGCUUUUGUUGAGCUUAUUGGAAUUGUCUUGGCUUGUUGGUUGGCAUCGGCUAUAAAAAGUAGGAGUUAAAAUGUUGGAUUCCGAUAGUAUUAGAUUGUUGGGUAACUGUAAAUGUAUUCUAGUCAAGAUUAGAAUGCUUGUACGCUUGUUAAAUUAUAUAUUAUUCAAAUAAAAUAUAAGUUGUAUAUUUUAUGUCGAUGUUAUAAGUAAUAUCUAGUAGUAUAUUGCUAAUGUUGAAAUUAUGAUUAAAAAUAUAAAAAAUAUAUAAAAUCAAAUAUGUGUAAUGUAUACUAUUUUAUGUAUCAUCUGUAUGUAUGUAUUACUUUUAUAUUGUACAAAUACUAUUUAAUAUUUUAAUUUAAUUUUUCUAGUCAUUACAUAGGUAUAUAUUUCAAUCUAUAGCACAGGUAACAUAGUAUAAUGAUAGCUGCUUGCAUGGUAACAAAUUAUUUUAAAGGCUUAUUGUUAAUGAGAAAUUUAUUUGCAGAACAUAAUAUGUGUAUUUAGGAUUCGCAUUAAAAUCUGUUUCCGUAGGCUCAAUAGAUUACAUUAAUUUUAAGAAAUAUAAUAAAAAUAAAAUUUU